AUGGAGGAAUUCAGCAGAAAUGGCAGCCCUUGUAAACCAGACGAAAAGGCUAGGAAUGAAUGCUAUGGUGGUGUUGCCAGAAGAUUCACAAAGAUAAAAGAGAUACGUCAAAUGGACGAAAACGUUCUUUUGUUGGAUGCUGGAGACCAGUUUCUGGGGACAGUUUGGUUUCACGCAUUUGAUGGUCUCGCCAACGCACAGUUUAUGAAUAUGAUGGCAUACGAUGCAAUGAGUCUUGGGAAUCAUGAAUUUGAUGCUGAUAUAGAUGGUUUGGUUGAUUUCCUUGACAAUACCACAUUCCCCGUGUUAGCAUGCAAUGUCGAUGACAGUGAGGAACCAAGGAUGCAAGGGAAGUUUAAGAAAAGCACAGUUAUUGAAGUCCAAGGGCAGAAGAUAGGAAUUAUCGGCUAUCUCAUAUCGUCAAUGCCAGAACUCUCUCUUAAGCUGGGUAAGCUUAAAUUCCUUGAUGAAAUCGAAUCCAUACAAGCAGAAGUUGCGAAAAUGGAAGACGAAGGAAUAAAUAAGAUUAUAGCACUGGGGCAUUCUGGUUGGUCAAAGGAUCUCGAAAUUGCUGAGAAAGUCACUGGGCUUGAUGUUGUUGUUGGUGGACACAGCAAUACAUUUUUGUACAAUGGGGUAGUACCAGGGACUCCUGAAAAUGGUCGAGUCGAAGGGCCAUAUCCAACUAUAGUGACACAGGCAUCAGGAGCCAAAGUUCUGGCUGUACAGGACUAUCAACAUGGAAAAUACCUGGGUUACUUAAAGGUCUCAUUUGACGACAAUGGAGUUGUGACAUCGUGGGAUGGAAACCCUAUAUACCUCAAUGCAUCCGUUGCUGAAGAUCCAGAAAUGUUAGCAAAGAUGGCGCCGUUUGUUGAGAAAUUAGUGAAAUUCAAAAAUACGAUACUCGGUUCAACCAACGUUUUAUUAGAUGCAGACACGUUAUCUUGUAGGCGGGGUGAAUGUAACGUUGGCAACUUCUAUGCCGAUGCCUUGGUGGACAAGAAUAUAUAUCCACCGACCGAUACAGCCUGGAACAAUGUAUCUCUUGCUGUAUUGAACUCCGGAGGUAUCAGGUCUUCAACAUUCUAUCCUGGAGAUGUAACCAUGGAAACAGUACUUACUCUUUUACCGUAUCAAAACAUGGCAGAAAUGGUGGAACUAACUGGCCAGACAAUAUGGGAUAUGUUUGAGCAUUCCGCAUCACGGUAUAACCUGAACCCGACUGGGGGUGGUAUGGGGAUGUUUCUUCAAGUCUCAGGAAUCGAAAUAGUGUAUGACGUUGGGAAGCCAGUCGGUAAGAGAGUUGUGAGCAUAAAGGUCACGUGUGCAGAUUGUUUGGUACCUGCUCUUGAGACAUUAGACCUGACAAAGCAUUACAAAGUGGUGAUGCCUGACUACGUUGCUAAUGGGGGAGAUGGUUAUUCCAUGGUCCGUGAUGAUAAAAUACAGCAUUUUGCGAUAGGGGACAUUGACAGCGAUGUGCUUGAAAGAUACGUUAGAAAAAUGUCGCCUAUCACCGCUGGGGUGCAAUCACGUAUUACUAUAACCAACUCAACUGCUGAUGCAACUCCACCCCCUCCAUGCACAUCCUCAACUGUUUUAAUCUCAGGACAUUCAGUAAUACUUUGGUUUUUGUUAGGAUAUGCUAUUAUAUGUGUAUUUCAAUGUUGA